GGACAGGACGGAGAGAGAGAGCGUAAUUCGAUGAGUGGCACUUCUUUUGCUCUAAUUUUAACAAAACUCCUGUUUUUGCUGCUUAAUCUUAUCCGUUAGGACGCAAAGUGGUCGUGUCUUCAUUGCAGGCUCAAAGUUAGCAGGUGAGGCCAGCAGCUGAAUGUGUGUUCCUGUGCCCCAGAGAUUGGAGAGAGAUGGAGAACGACACACACACACUGCCAUCGCUUUCCCCUAUACAUUCCCCGACAAACCCCUCUAAAACCCUUUCUCUAUCACCAUCUCUUCCUCAGCCCUCUGCUACUAUCCUUGAUUCAACUCUUUCAUCCCCAGCUCCAUCUCCCUUUCACCCCCUGUCACCCCUUAGGUCUUCUGGAGGGCUUAACUCACACUGCCUCAGUCCCACAACUCCGUCAGACCAAGAUGACCUGACCUGCCUCAACUGGCUGCAUCAGAGGAACUUACUGGCCUUGCAACCGCUGCCUAAGAUGCCUACACUGCCUCAAUUAGAGUCACUGAACCCCCUGCCCACCCCAAAUCUACCUUCUUCACCUACCAAGCCUCCAUAUUCUUUCAGCAGUCUCAUCUUCAUGGCGAUUGAAGAUUCCCCAGACAAAAGGCUUCCUGUGAAAGGCAUCUAUGAGUGGAUCGUCAACAACUUCCCCUACUACAAGACAGCCCCAAGUGGCUGGAGAAACUCGGUCCGACACAACCUGUCCUUGAGCAAGAGCUUUCGGAGGAUACACCGGGACAAGAGUCAAUCUGUUGGAAAAGGCUCACUGUGGUGUGUUUGCCCAGAAUAUCGGCCUGCUCUUUUGGAGGUGCUUAAGAAAACUCAUUAUUGCCACAGCAACAGCAGCAGUUUGCUGAACAAUCGCACAUUGUUGGAGGCAGCUGCGUAUGGACAGACUGCUGUAGGUGACACUGCAGAGAUUUCAGAUUUGGAUUCAAAUAACCCACCUCUGUCCUCAAACCCGCCAUGCUCUUUGAUCCCUGACCAUGAGGAGCUGGUUGCCAUAGAGUCUGUAGAACUCUCAGAAGAGGCUUGUGAGGAGUCAGAGAAAGACCCCCUCUCUGACAGCGGCUACAUCGAGUUCCACUAUUAUCAGUAUCAGCAAUACCAAUACCUGGUUCUACCAGGGGAUACCGAACUGGACCUGGAAACUGUUGAGAUCCUACAACUUGAUGCAGAGGCCCAAGAGGCUGCAGGAUCACUGCUUGACUUAGCAGGAGGAAGCCACUGAUCCUAUGCGUUCAGCUAAGUACAAACAUCUUGAUGGAAAGAUAAUAGCCACUUUCAUCUUAUAAUUUCCACUGCUUUAUUUACUUUAUAUUUUUCGAAAGAAACUGCCUGAAAUUUUACACUACCAGUCAAAAGUCUGGACACGGCUACCCGUUUUUUCUUAUUUUUACUAUUUACCACGUCUUUACGUAAUUGUGAAGACAUCAAAACUUAUAUAUGUCGGGACCAAAAGAAAUAGUCUCGCUGGGGUUUAUAAAUUCUUUUAGAAAUUAGCCCUCAUUUGCCUUGAUGCAGUUUUACAUACAUUUAGCAUUUUCUCAAGCAGCUUCAUUAGGACCCUCUUGAGAUGCUCUUCUAGGAAGAUACAUACAUACUGAGACCUUGUUGUUGCCGAAAAACAUCUGCGGGGGGUGUUUUUAAAAAAUAUGUGUUUUAAAUUAACUUUUAACUUUAAAUUAAAAAUUUUUGUUUUGGAAAUAAUUUUGUACAGAGGCGUCAACUUCAUUAUUUAGAUGGGUCUUAGAAAGCAUUAAGCAGAAGUCUUUAGAUUAUAAUUAUAAAAAAUACAUAUUCAGUUAGGUGUGUCCAAACUUUUGACAGGUGGUGUACAUGCUACAAUAGUGUUGUAUGCACUGCAUUCGCAGCUGUAACUGAACAAUAAUGGAAUGAGAAAAAGAAAUUUAUGGAUUUGGCCAUACAGUUUUUAUAGGCAGCAUGCAAACCUGCGUGAAUGGAAAAUAAAUGGGAGACCAAAAUUGCUUUGGGAACAGCGAGAUUGAUGCAGGGAAGGUUUUAUAUACAGUACUGUGCUU